AUGGACGUCAAGUCACCCCGCCAGACAGCCGCCUUCCACCUCCCCUCGUCCUCCUCCGGCUCCUCCUCCUCCGCUGCCGGCGAGGACUACGACGACGGCGCCCCGCUGCCCUUCCCCGCCGCCCUCCCGCGCUCCGACUUCCUCGCCCCGGACUUCCACCCGGCCAACUACCUCUCCGCCCUGCCGCACCGCCACCAGACCCUCGACGACCUCAAGGCCGAGCUGCGGGACCGCAGCGCCGCCAUCAGCGCCGAGCUGCUCGAGCUCGUGAACGCCAACUACACCGCGUUCCUGUCCUUGGGGAACGAGCUCCGCGGGGGCGACGAGAGGGUCGAGAAUGUGCGGGUGGCCAUGCUGGGGUUCCGGAGGGCCGUGGAGGAGAUCAAGGCGCGGGUGAGAACGCGAGGGGAAGAAGUUCAGGGGCUGAGUGGGGAGUUGAGGGAGGUUCGGAGGAGUAUCGAGGCGGGGAGGAAGAUGCUGGAGCUGGAUGAGAGGGUUGCGGCGCUAGAGGAAAGGCUUGCGUUGGCGAGUAUGCCGGGCAAGGCUGCGGAGGAAGACAAAGAAGAUUGGGACGAGGACGACAGCGAAGAGUCCGAUGAAGAGGAGGACGACGGGGGGCUGGUGGGUAGCAGCCCUGCAAAGCUAGCUGGUUUCGCGCAGGACUUCUGCAUCGUCGAGGCCCUGGCCGAUGCCAUCGGACGAGAUGUUCAGUUCGUGGUAAAGACGGAGGCUCGCAUGACGAGAUGCCGGAACACGAUCUUACUCGACCUGGGCACGGCUAUGAAGGAGGCACGAAAAGCAGGGGAUAAGGGCCGGCCGAGAGUGGUCAAGUACCUCGGUCUCUACGGGCUGCUGGAUGCGCAGGCAGAGGCAAUCAAGGCCCUGAAGAGCAAUUGA